AUGCUUCUUGACGGCAGCCCGGGCGUUACGGCGGUGGCCCGCGCCAAUGGCAUCAGUGGUCCAGUCGCCCACAAACUUAGCAUCUAUCUACGGCAGAAGGCUCUGAAGAUGGACGCGUUCAUUGCGGAAUUAGUGAAGGCGACCGAGUACUGCGGCGUCAAGCACGUGCAAAAGGCGCUGGUGACCACACUUGGCAUCGACGCCUUGGAAUCGAUCAAACUCGUUAGUGUUCUUGUCCCCAAGGACAACAACGAGCGCUGGGACAGGCCGGUUCCGGCCCGGUUCCGACCUAACGGGUCCAGUUAACGAGAUGGGUAACCGGUCGGUAGGAUUACCGGGCGAACCGUUAUCGGUUAACCGUCCCCAGUAAUCGGUAACCGAUGUCGGUAACCUGGCAUGAGCAAAAAUGCAUUUCUGAUUGCAACCAGUUUCUUUGUGACAAUGCCCAUUGUCACAAGGUUCAUGCCCACGUGUCACAACCCGACAAGCUUGAGGAGGUUAAGGCAAUGUGAAUGCCGGGUGACAGGGGUGACAGUCUUGUGCAGGCACAUUUGGAGACUAGUUUACACUGAGAUUGGGGUGAUGUUGGAUUAGAAUACUUGCAGUUCAUGAAAUUGAGGAAAUGUGUUGCAUAGGCAUAUCCAAACGUUUCAGAGGGACGUUGUUUCGCCCGUAACAAACUUGUUACGGGCGAAACAAACUGGAUUUCCACAGUCCCACCACUCAAAGAGCUCCCCACACCAUCGCAAAGUCCCUUUUUUAUUACAGACACAUGUAACAAGUUGUCAUAG